ACGUGACUUUCUGUUGGGGCCCACGUGAUUUUCACCCGGGAGGCUAGGCUAGCGAAGAUUCUAAGAAGCCGAAAACAGUGAAAAAACCAGCAAUAAUGGCAGAAUUGAGAUUGCAGAAGCCAGCACCAGAGUUUCGUGGUACUGCUGUGGUGGAUGGUGAAAUCAAGGAUAUAUCACUUGCAGAUUAUAGGGGCAAAUAUGUUGUCUUCUUUUUCUACCCAAUGGACUUCACAUUUGUGUGUCCAACUGAGAUUAUCGCAUUCAGUGAUCGUGUCGAAGAAUUCCGAGCCAUGGAUUGUGAAGUUAUAGCGUGUUCGUGUGAUAGCCAGUUCUCCCAUUUAGCAUGGAUUAACACACCAAGGAAGCAGGGUGGACUUGGUAACAUGAAGAUCCCACUGUUAUCAGACAAAACAUUAGAAAUCUCAAAGGCAUACGGAGCAUUAAAGGAGGAUGAGGGGAUUUCCUUUAGAGCCCUGUUUAUCAUCGAUGGGAAGGGAAACCUUCGUCAGAUCACCAUGAAUGACCUUCCAGUUGGGCGUUCUGUAGACGAGACUCUCAGACUUGUACAAGCUUUCAAAUUCACGGAUGAGCAUGGAGAAGUGUGUCCUGCCGGAUGGAAGCCAGGAAAGGAUACCAUUAAACCCGACGUAAAAGGAAAGUUGAGCUACUUUCAGAAGCAGAAUUAACCUCUAAAGCAAUCUCUAAACUGUUUAUGUUGUUGAACUGUAAUGGACUGUGUUGUAGAACAAAAGCAUUACUCUGGUAUAAAAUGUAAAGACUUGACCAGGAGCAAUACUCUUCGAUCAUUGUGUUAUAGACCAGGUACUCACAUUGAGUACUUGUAUAAGACGAGGUUCUCGCAUGACUACUCCUACCUGCCUCUCCUUAUCAUUGUCCGGGAGUUUUGUCAGUAAUUUGUACAUUUUGUUUUUACUCUGUUAUACAAGUUUUUCUAAGUCAUUAAUCUUUUGCUUGAAUCUUUUUUUUGAAGGAACAUUGAUUUUAUCUAUUGCUGCAUAAUGUCUUGACCAGUUUGAAACGCUAGUAAAUGACUUUGUUUUUUGUCGUGUGAUUAAAUAUGUAAUCAUGAAUCUGUAAUUUUUCGUUUCUCAUUAAUUGUUGUAGGAAAGUCCAUCACCAUCUUCAAGAACAAAAUAUUAGACUUGUAAUCAAUAAACUUUUCAAUUUUUCGAUAUUUUCAACUAAAACUGCGUGAUUAACACGACUUUUUUCACAUUGGAGUUUUAAGCUGAUUAUGUACAUCAUUAAUAGGAUGGAGGACUCUAGGUCUGUUUAUCUUGAUAUCAAGUAAUGGAGACUAGAGUAUGAUACACAUGUGAACUAACUAGCUGCAGAUGAUUAUUAUUCUACGAUAUUAUGUUUUUGUAUCGUUAGAAUAUUAGGUGUUGGUAAUGUAAACAAGUUCUCUAUACUUUAAUGAUCUUCCAACAUAAAUGUUUUGUUCAUUGGUUUUCAUCAUACUAGCCAUGUUUCAUCCAAUGUUGUGCACCGUGCAUAAACUUUCAAUUGAAACAACUUCCCAAUAACCAAAAGGCUCAGGGUGCGGAUCUUUGUCCUGUAUCAUGCUGGAAUGACGGACUACCAAGUUGUCCAAGUGAAUGACCUUGACACGCUUUCACUUCGGGUGUUAAAAUCUUAAAAUCGCUUCUUAAUAAAAAGAUAUUUGUUGAUAUUGGUUUAGUAACAUGAUUUUAAUUUGAUUGGAUAAAGGGCUAUCUAAUUUAUGUAAGCAAUUGACCUUGACCCACUUUCAAGGUCACUGGGAUCAAAUCUUUCAAUUUCUAGUUUACAGAUAUUGAUAAAGUCUUCUGUGUAAGCUAUUAAACCUGUGAUCAAUUCAGGACCAUUGAGCCUUAUCAUCUAAAGUCAGAUGACCAUUAAGGUCCAUGGUGCUUUUGUUGUCUUAGUAUGUUUAUAUUGUUCUGUGUGAUUUGUUUUAGGGAUUAAUAAAGUACAAGUAGACAAUACAA